UUGUAACUGUCAUUGCCAGUUGACAAAUGACAAUUGACAAAUAAACACAAAGCAAAGAAUCAGGCUGAGACUUGAAUUAUUUUAAAAAGUUUUCUUUAUAAUUACUUUUAUUCACUUUAUACAAUAAUAUUAGAAAUAAUUUUGGUCAAGGAAUAGUUAUAUUCAACAAAAUUUAACAAAAAAAAGUCGUAACUUAUUUAUUGAAGACGAUUCAACCUUAAUAUUUUAAUUGGCGCUAAAAUUUGCUCAAUGUUUAUGAACUAGAAAUACUUUUAUUUUCUUAUUGUUGUGAUAAUGAGUUUAAUUAGCAUAAGCAAUUCUUUACCUCCAGUACUCUCGAAUAAUAUAAAAGUUUUAGCUUUAGAAAAAACAUUGUUACAAGGACUGGAUAAUUUCAAAGAUCUCCUGUCCGACUUUGAACAACUUUACAUUGAAUCUAAUAGUUAUAAGACACAAUUUAUCGAACAAAAGGAAAAAUGUAGUAGUAACAGCUGCAGUAGUGCUGAAGCUCUCAAGAGGAUUAUUGAAUCUAAAGACAAUAUUAUACAAUUAGUGGCUUCAACAUUAACAAGACUAAAUGAGACAAAGGACCUGAAAAUAUUAGAUGAAGCUUUCAGAAUAUUGUUUGGAGAACAACCCACAUCUGUGCCAACGUACCAGGCUAACAUAAACAGUAAAGAGAUUAAGAAAUCACCUAUUAAACAAGAAUUACAUUCUUCUCUUGAAGAUGUAUCAUUUAGAGAGGAAUCUGAGUCAGAGAUCGAAGGCACCCCUACUACAGGAAGGUUUAGUCCUAUUAUACCGAUGAAAAAACUUAAGAGUACUACUACUACAGUGGCUACAUCAUCGGAUUUUAGGGAUAAGAAAAAGUGUCCUGAUAAUUGGGCAACACCAGACAAGAAAACAUUCAAACUAUCCUCCUCAACUCCUGUGGGUGGCAAGAAGACAGGCAGAUAUAGACAAUCUCGGUUGAACUUGGUGAAAGUGGAGCAGAACACUGUGAUAGACAUUACUUGUUCUCCGGAGUUCAGUGGGGGGCGCAGGGAUGAUACUGAUAAGGAUAAACCGCUGCUUAUCAAGAAAGAAUCAAUAGAAAAUGAGGACACAAUAUUACCAUCGCCUACAAGUGGACCUAAUAAUUUUACACUGUUUAAAUCUAAAGAAAGCCCAAUGAAAUUCAAGAAACCACUUAGUUUGAAACCUAAAACUGAGAAGAAGACUCCUCCAAAGCAAGUUGAUCAGAAUGUCUCACCAUCAAUUAUUAAACAGGAACCAUUUAAUUCUCAAAAUGUGUUCAAAGAUAAUAGUAUGAAUCAUAGUGUCACUUUUACUCAAGAGGAUUCUAUUAAUUUAUUGCAUCCGAACAGACUACCUAAGAACUUAAAGCAAUCGCCAAUAAAAGUUGAGCCGUAUAAUGACGAGACAUACUGUGACACGCAAGCCAGUGUCUCACUGUUACACCAUGUUGAUAAACUGGAUAAUAUACACAAAGGAAAGGAAAAUAGUCCUAGCAAGAGUCCUUUAGCUGAAAAUAUCAAUAUAACGAAUAUGCAAGACGAUGAUGAGCUUCAAGCAAGCAUGUCAGUGUUACAAAGGGAACCGUUUAAUAAAACCGCUGUGGAUACUGUUAAAAGAAAAAUCUCGGAAUUUGGUGAAACAAGUGAUGAGCCCGUGCGGAAGAAAUCCGAGAAACGUUUGUUACCCGGUUGGAGUUGCGACAAGUGUAAAGAGUUUUUCGGCGAACUGUACAAGCAUGAUCCGGAGAUGAUGGUGAAGAAAAUAAACGAGUGUUCGCACCACAGAGGUACCAACAACCCUACGGACAGACCCAAGACACCGCCCCGGUUCUGGAACCCGCGCUGGGAAGUGCCCAAUGAUACCGAGGAGUUUAACAGAAUGAACAACGUGUCAUGACGUGGUAGUACUUAUAGCUAUGUCGAUAAGGUUCAAUUUUGUACGGUUUUUCAGGGUUAUCAUGCAAUAGUUUGUAACUUUGUAGUAAAUGUGAUAUUUGUAAGUAUGUUUCGAACAACUUUUUUAUUCUAAGUAAACUGUGGCCUAUGGUAGGCACUGACUCUAAUGGAAAGUGAAAACGCCGUCUGGUCUUCAUGAAGUUCCAUUUUAAUUGAGAAAUAGAUAAUUAGCGCAUUACGCUACCCUAGGUGCUUAGUAGGAAUGACAGGCCUUGUUCGAAAAACAAACAGCAUCCAUAGUAUAAGUUUGCUUUACGUUCGGCGCUCUGAUUGGCCGUCUCGAAUAAAGCAACCAAUCAGAGCACUGAACGCGCUCUCGUUUCGAUUACUUUAAACGUAAAGGAAACUCGUACUAAGGGUACAGCUGUGAUGAGCACAUGAAUAUAUCAGAAUUAUCUUAAUCAGUAUUGGUAGCUAGCUAUCUAUAGUAUUCUAGAUAGUUCUAAAAGGCACUAAGAAAGAUUCUGUGCCUGAAUUAAUAAUUAAAAUAAAAGAUUUUACAAUUACUAAGAUCCACAGGGAUGAAAUAAUAAAAAUAUAAUAUGUUUUUUACGGAUGUAAGUACUAUGAAAACAUGAAUGUAAGUACUAAGUACUAACUACAAAAUUACUUUACUGCUCACGAUUUUGACACAUUACAUUACCUAUCUCAUUGGAUGAGGUCAUUCAUUAUUAAUACCUAUUCAUAAGCCGUGACGUCAUAUAUGGGCAUGGCAAUUUUUAGGUGAUAACAUUAGCUAUAUUAGCUAAUGUAAUUUAUGAAUUAAUGAAAACUGAACUUGUAGGGUUUACUCUUACUAGCUACUUUCACGCGGUUUCUCCCAUUCUGCUCGGUUCCUAUUGAUCGUAGCGUAAUGUUUUAUAGCUUUUAGUUUUCCUUAAUAAAUUGACUAUCCAACAAAAAAUAAUUAUUCAAUUCGGACUAGUAAUUGCGGAGAUUAGCGCGUUCAAACAAACAAACAUACUCAUCAGCUUUAUAAUUAGUGUAGAUAAUUGAUUGAUAAAAAUAAAUUAGUUACCUUCUACUUAGUUGUUACCUAGUUUUUAUUACAUUUAUGUUAUUGUCGCAAGCGAUAUAAUGGUUUAUGUACAUGUAUGAUGUAAUAACUUAGUUCUCUAUAUUUAUUUAAAAUUCUCUAAAUUUACAUUUUUAAAUAAUAUUUAAAACACACAAUAUAAAAUAAUAUUUAAAAAUAUAAAAAUAGGAGCCGACCAGUAGCGGGAACAUGGUCCAAGCUACCGGUGGUUAGGGCUCAGAGACAGAAACCUCCUCACAAUACGUGCCGUUUCGAGGAGUACUGCCAUCUGCAUCAGGCCCUUGAUCCAUCCGCCCAACCCCAGCCUCCUAAGGUGAUUGUCGAGGCUGUUGGGUAUUAAUCCGUUGGCCGACACGACUAUCGGCACAAUGAUAGCCGAAUCCACACUCCACAUGUCGACAACCUCGUGAGCCAAUACCUUAGUUCUUAUUAUUAUCAUUUUUUUACCAGCCAUGUAUCUAUUCCAAAAAAUACUAAUAUUUUUUUAUUUGUUUCUUAUACCGUAAAUACUGUUUUUGUAAUUCCCUAUUUAGUGCAACUUGGUCUUUUCCAUUCUCCCUAUACUUAUAUUGUUUUUCAGGAUACUAAUUCCCAUCUUGACUUUUCUUACUUUUUAUCUGAUCUUAAGUUAAAGUUGUUUUAGCAAUUAUUCAUUGAAACGUUAGAAGAUUUAUGCAAAUGAGUAUAUUUGCUAUCUAUAUAGAGUCAGGCGUUGUUUUAACAGUAACCCCCGUGCAAACUUUGCGUAGCUAAUUGCAUACUUCAAUACCAAUAAAAAGUGACCCCACCGAUGCUAUCCUUUAGAGUACAAAUAUUGCUAUCAUUACUAUUAUCUAGAAUAUAUUAUAGUGUCAUGUUUUUAUUCAUAGGUUGUAGGAUCUGUUGCAAACACAUUGCAAGUUUACAUAGGGAAAAAUAGUUUUAAAUCUCAGUCCUCUGGUGCUGCGGGUGUCCAUGGGCGACGGCGCUGCUCACAGGUGUUCCGAAUGCUCGUUUGGCCCUAUUACUUUAAAAAAAAACUAUAAACUUUAAACAGUAAAGUACAUAUGACGCAGUUAUUUCACUAGUCUCACAGUAAAAACUGUUCGUACCUGCAUGUACAUUGACCUCUAUGUAAUAAGACCACACCCGUCAAACACAGGUUGUAAUUACCAACUCAGUUUGCUAAUAACAAAAUUGUUAAUCAAUAAAAAUGUACAUUGAUAUUUGAUCGCAUAGGUUUAGCUACCUUUUCAAUAAUAAACAUCUUCAACAAGUACCUAGAUAUUGACGUCAAAUUAUUUAUCUUGUAAUAAAGUACAAAAUAAGAUAAUAUUACCGACUCGUGAGCAUGAGCCGUACCUCCGAACGAAGCGGUGACGUCAUGUAACGGUACUUAUCUAAACAUUAGUACAAGUUCACAGAUACUGUGGAAAAGUAUUUUCUCCUUAUUUUAAGUUUGUUUUUAGAGUAAAAAUAUCGUUAAAUAUUGCAGGGCAUAAGGUCUACAUUUGUGUAAACAACAAUGUAACAUGUGACUCAUUAGAUUUUAAAGUUAAUUUUAAUUGUAAAUAGGGAAAGUAGCUUAUAAAUACGGGUGGAAUAAACUGUGAAAUAGAGUCGUAUUUAUACGUUUUAUGUUACAUUUCACGUAUUUUGAAAUAUAGUUUGAUUUUUAUGUUAGUUAUGUAAAUGAUCUGUGAAAUAAAUGGUGCAUUUAAUUUA